CGCCUUCUGCUAACUGUUCUCUCUCUAUCUCUCUCUCUCUCUUUCUCUCUCUCUCUACGGCGAAGCAACCCCAUCCCUGUCGUCAUCAGUCCCGACGAUGCAGCAGCGGCGAGGCGCCUCCGGCCGGCCGUCAGGCACGGACGGCUCCGACUUCUCCUACCGCAUGGUCGUCGACUCCCGGUACCAGAGGGUCGCCAACGGAAGAUCCCGCCUCGCCCGCCUCAUCCUCGUGCAGGCAUUGCACCAGGUGGCCGGGGGCGCGCUGCUUCUGCUCUCGUUGUCCAAGGGGGCGGAGGCUAACAAGUUCGCCGUGCUGUCCGUGGCUGCGGGACUGCUGGCAAUUGUGGUGGGCGAAUUAGGGCGGAGGCGGACUAUGGCAGUGCUGCUUCGGCUGUACACAAGCUUGUCAUCGAUUGCUGUUGCAUUCUCAGUGACGUGCAUUAUUCGGUCAGAAUUGUUCUUAAAGGUUACAAAGCAAAACACUGCAGCCAUAACAAGCUAUGAACUGUUUGAUGCGGUUCAUGUUGCUCUUGGUGUCCUGUUGCAAAUGGUGAUUAUAGCUACAACUACCAGGCUUCUGCAAAAUAUGUCUCCUCCCAAGAAAGCUUCAUGAAUGAUGCCAUUGUAGACGUGCUUUACCAUUAAAAAGGAUUCAAAUUCCAAGGUAAGUGCUAGUCGAGUGCUCUAGACAUGUAAGGAGAUUAGAGGCGUCGCGAGCGUGGAGAGGAAGGAGGUGAAAAGUCACCAUCGACACUAGGCGACAUGAGGGGAGAGGCAAAAGAGGUCGCGGACUGUGUCGUCACUUGGGCCAUAGCUCAACCUGGGCCACACAUCGUAGAUCCGACGACUCCGGAUGACCCAGUUAGGGUGGACAACGGUCAACAAUAUUUGCAAUCUGGCCCCUCAUUUGGAUUGCGAAUAUUCUCUGCGAUACAAGUAUUUUCAUAAACCCCCUAAAUCGGAUCGAUAUUACUCCCCAUGACCGAAAUAUUUGUAUAAACCCCCCUAAGUCGGAUCGCGACUAUUCUCUGUGAUCCAAGUUUGCACAUACCACCA